GGUCACACAGCUGACGAGUGAUAAUGAUGAUGGUAUUUGUUAUUUUAAAAAGAGCAAUGGAAGUCUCAACAGACAGUUUUGAGAAGACCAUGGCAAAGUCGGUGAAAAAAGGCAGUGUUUACUCUCCUCAGUCUACAGUAUCUUCUCUUCUAGCAAGUUACAGUCCGGAAAAUAGUAACUCCUUUAUUAACGCAACUGGCUCGAUUCAGUAUAAAGAUAAACUGUACAGCUCUGCUUCUCAAGCCCUUGAGGCUUAUAUUGAGGAUUUUGAUUUAAGCCGAACUUCUUCUAGCGCGUGCAAUGGAAAGAUUAUUCUUGGUCCAAAUUCUUCUAAGAGCUUCGAAAUCUCGGGAUUUCAUUCUAAAAACCAUGCUUCCAAAGACUUCGACCCCCACAGAAAGUCAAGCACCAUGUCGGGACCCUGUAGAAGAUGCAUUACUAGUGACCUCGAUCUGCUAAGCCUUACCACUGAUGAUUUAUUAGCAUUUCCAGCCGAUGGAUCAUUACCCAUUGCCAACACUUUGGUCGGAUCAGUGUCCCAAAGGAGCAAACGGAACAAGAAGUCUCCUACCAAACUAGCUUCAUCUGAUGAUGAAAAAAACCUUGCUUUUCUGCAUCACUUCAGCCCUAAGGGAAAUGAGACUCUCUUUGCUUCUUCAUACCAAAGUGCCAGUGGAGGUCAGCAUGAUGGGUUAAAACCUAAAACGGUGAAUAAGCUUCAGAAAUGCAAUUUUUCCUCGUCAGCUUAUUCUUCAGAGAAGCCUCAUCUCCAAGGAAGUCCAAAACACACUGGUGGUAUGAAUUACCCAAGGUGGCUUACAAGCCAGAAGUCUGAUCUGAGCGUGUCUGGCAUAACUAGUUUACCUGAUUUCAAAUAUCCAGCCUGGCUUCACAAUCAAGACCUUUUAUCCGAUUCAGCAAGUCAAAACAUUUCUAGAGCAGAAGACUCCUACCCCCUUGGACAUCUUUGCAAGAGGCAGAGGAAUUCUCAGUUUGUGAACAAAUUAGGUAGUGUUGAACAGUCACUUGAACACUAUAGCCGUUUAGAUCCAGAGAGGAACAAGAAAGUAUUAACUGCCGGCUGCAUAUGUGAUUGCGAAUGUGACCAAUUCCAGUCUGAAAGUGUAUCUUUCUCAAGACAGUCCACACAACCGUUCAGUGAUGACAAAAUUGAAUUGCUUAUCCUGAAGGCCCAGAGAACUUUAGAGCAUUCUUCUGAGGUAAUGUCAAAUACCGCGAAAAAUGAAGGCAGCCCCUGUUCCCUAGAUAUACUAGAAGAAGAAAGAUCAUGGGAAAACAUUCCUGUUCCCUUUAAAUCUCCUGUUCCUGUGCACUGUGAUGAAGGCCCUCCACGAGCCCUGAAGGCAAAUCGCGUUAAUGCAUUUCCUGAGGAUAUUGUAACUAAAGAUAGUCAGAAAAAUACACUCUCUGGAGGAAAUCAUCAUGGUCCUGUUGAAGCUUUAAAACAAAUGUUAUUUAAUCUUCAAGCUGUGCAAGAAAACUUUAAACAGAAUCAAAAUGCCGAACAAAAUGAGGAAGUUAACAAAAUUUCAGAGGAAGAAACUGCUGGAUUACAAUGUGAAGGAUUGAUUCCUGUUUCUAGGUCUCUUCAGAAGGCUUUGCACCAUUUGUCCCGUCUGAGAGGUCUAGUUGAGGAUUCCAGCACCAAACAGGAUAAAAAAACUCACUGAGAAGAUAAAGAAAAAAGAAUACCCUAACAAAUCAAGGCCUUUUUCGAUAUAUUUAUGAAUUACUAAUUUUAAAUUAAAGUGUUUUUAAAAUUU